AAAUGGAAGAUUCCAGAAGGUCCUAGUGACGUCUAGUAAUUAUGCGCGGGUUAUAAAACCUUGGUCUCGAAUGACGCCAUUUUAUUUCCUGAAAAGAGGCCGGCAAUCGCGCACCUUAGCUGAGUGAACUACUAGAUAAGUCUUAAGAAGUGAAAAAUUAAAUACAAUGGCUAAAGCACCUGCGGUGGGUAUUGACUUGGGUACUACAUACUCGUGUGUGGGAGUAUUCCAGCACGGGAAGGUGGAGAUCAUCGCCAAUGACCAGGGCAACAGAACCACACCCUCUUACGUUGCCUUCACAGACACCGAACGUCUGAUUGGUGAUGCCGCUAAGAACCAGGUGGCCCUGAACCCCAACAACACUAUUUUCGAUGCUAAACGUCUUAUUGGCCGCAAGUUUGAAGAUGCCACAGUGCAAGCGGACAUGAAACACUGGCCAUUUGAAGUCAUCAGUGAUGGUGGCAAACCAAAGAUAAAGGUAGCAUAUAAGGGUGAAGACAAGACCUUCUUCCCUGAAGAAGUUAGUUCAAUGGUACUUACUAAGAUGAAGGAAACAGCUGAGGCAUACCUUGGCAAAACGGUGCAGAAUGCAGUAAUUACGGUUCCAGCGUACUUCAAUGACUCGCAAAGACAAGCCACUAAAGAUGCAGGUACCAUCUCUGGCAUGAACGUUCUCCGAAUCAUCAAUGAACCAACUGCUGCUGCGAUUGCAUAUGGUCUAGACAAGAAAGGAGGUGGAGAACGUAACGUCCUUAUUUUCGACCUUGGUGGUGGUACUUUUGAUGUAUCUAUCCUGACCAUCGAGGAUGGUAUUUUUGAAGUAAAAUCCACUGCUGGGGAUACUCACUUGGGAGGCGAAGAUUUCGAUAAUAGAAUGGUGAACCACUUUGUCCAAGAAUUCAAGAGGAAGUACAAGAAAGAUCUCGCUUCCAAUAAGAGGGCUCUUCGUAGACUGAGAACUGCCUGUGAAAGAGCAAAGAGAACUUUAUCUUCAUCUACUCAGGCGAGCAUUGAGAUUGAUUCUCUCUUUGAGGGUAUUGAUUUCUACACAUCAAUUACAAGGGCGCGUUUUGAAGAACUGAAUGCUGAUCUGUUCAGAUCAACAAUGGAGCCCGUAGAAAAGUCUAUUCGCGAUGCAAAGAUGGACAAAGCCCAAAUUCACGACAUUGUGCUUGUGGGUGGUUCAACUCGUAUUCCCAGGGUACAGAAGCUUCUACAAGACUUUUUCAAUGGAAAGGAGCUUAACAAAUCCAUUAACCCUGAUGAGGCUGUUGCAUAUGGAGCAGCUGUCCAGGCAGCCAUUCUGCACGGAGAUAAAUCUGAAGAGGUACAAGACCUGCUUCUAUUGGAUGUGACUCCUCUGUCACUUGGUAUUGAGACUGCUGGUGGAGUCAUGACAACACUCAUCAAACGUAACACAACCAUUCCAACCAAACAAACUCAAACUUUCACAACAUACUCUGACAACCAACCUGGUGUGCUCAUCCAAGUGUUUGAGGGUGAGCGUGCUAUGACAAGAGACAACAACCUCCUUGGUAAAUUUGAGCUCACUGGCAUCCCACCUGCACCCCGAGGUGUUCCUCAGAUUGAGGUCACCUUUGAUAUUGAUGCUAAUGGUAUCCUCAAUGUAUCUGCUGUUGAAAAAUCAACAAACAAGGAGAACAAGAUCACCAUCACUAAUGACAAGGGCCGUUUGUCUAAGGAGGAGAUUGAACGCAUGGUCAAUGAGGCAGAGAAAUACAGAAAUGAGGAUGAGAAGCAAAAGGAGACCAUUCAAGCCAAGAAUGCUCUAGAAUCAUAUUGCUUCAACAUGAAAUCCACCAUGGAAGAUGAGAAAUUGAAGGAAAAGAUCACAGAUGCUGACAAGCAGGUUAUCCUGGACAAAUGUAAUGACACUAUCAAAUGGUUGGACUCAAACCAACUGGCUGAUAAGGAAGAAUAUGAGCACAAGCAAAAGGAGCUGGAGGGUAUCUGCAAUCCAAUAAUUACUAAGCUAUAUCAAGGGGCUGGUGGUGCACCUGGAGGCAUGCCUGGUGGUAUGCCAGGUGGUAUGCCGGGCUUCCCUGGUGGAGCACCCGGUGCUGGUGGAGCCCCAGGUGGCGGUGCAGGUCCCACCAUAGAAGAGGUUGAUUAAAUACAUUCCAAUCUUAACAUCUUCCCUUAUGGUGUUAAACAUGAGCAGAUUACAAAUAAAUUGAAUUGAUAAAA